CGAUACUGAGUGUGUAAAUCUGACUAUCUGCUUUUUUAAAAAAAUCUUUUUCAUUGACCUGUUUGGUUCGUUUCAGUCGAGUGCUAGGGUUUGUGGGAAUUUCAGCUAGGGUUUAAGGUUUUUUUGUUUUUUUUUUACUUCGAUAAAAUUCGAGGAUGGGUAUUGCGUUAAUGACUUGCAUUUUAAUGGUUACGAAUUACGAUCUUUUUUGUAAGAUUCGCUCAAUUGGAGGAUUCUUCUUAUGUACUGUUAUCUUUGCCAAAGACGGUUGUGCUUUUCUUAUUGCUUUCGGAUCUGUUUGUCUUCAGUUCAUGGUGCGGCAAAAGCUUAAGAUGAGUUUACAAGCUUCAUAUUAAUACUGUACUUUAAAUGAGUCAUAAGAUGUUUGUUUCUUUUGAAAAUGAAAGUUGUAGGAAAUUCUCGCAAUCUCAAAUACGAGAUGAGGUAACCGUAGUUACUGGUGCCUUUGUCUGUUUGUGGGGUUUGUAUGGUUUCUUCCACAUAGUAGAUUAAUUUAAGUUAGCUUUGGUGCAUGUCAAAAUCUUUUUAUGAUCUAUUGGUGCAUUGAUUGGUUCUGCUAAUGAGCGUGAAUUUUUUUCUCAUUUGCCAUCAUUGUCUUCUGGUUAAUAAAGAGAGAGAGAUGUUUCAAUGUAAUUGUUAUGGUGGUGUUUGUUAGUAUGGUAGUUAGGUUGUCUUUAGUGAAAUUGGAACUCAUAACAUAUCCAAUCGUUCUUAUAACAUGGGUCUAAUUAGGAUAGGCAUGUAGAUCCAAUUGUUUGUGUAUGAGACUGACAGAGUACUUCAGAUAGUAAUAUGUGUACCUGCUUUAUUUGCUAACAUGUGCCGGUGGAAUUUGUCCACUUCCUCUGGUCACAUUGACAGAUAAAUUAAAUAUGGUAGCUUGAGUUGUGAUACGAGAUACCAAAAAUGGCGAAGAAGAAGAAUCCAUUGGUUUUUAUGGACGUCUCUAUUGAUGGCGACCCUAUUGAGAGAAUGAUUUUUGAGCUUUUCCCUGAUGUUGCUCCCAAGACAGCAGAAAAUUUCCGUGCACUUUGUACAGGAGAGAAAGGAAUGAGCACCAAAAGUGGAAAACCAUUGCACUACAAGGGAUCCUUCUUCCAUCGGAUCAUUAAAGACUCUAUGGCCCAGGCUGGUGAUUUUUUGAAACGAGAUGGAUCUGCUGGGGAAAGCAUAUAUGGGGGAAGGUUUCCAGAUGAAUCACCUAGGCUCAGGCAUGAUGAAUCUGGUCUCUUAUCAAUGCCUAUUGCUGACCGGGACACCUUGGGUUCUCAUUUCAACAUUACCUUCAAGGCAAAUCAUCAUCUUGACAGGUACUUUUAAGAUUUAUUAUUUAUGCUUAACUUCAGUCUUUCCCCCGAGGCUAUAAUUGUUUUGUCCUAUAUGUUUCUUUGAUUUUUUAUUACAUGAUUGGCCUUCUUAAAUGGAAGUGAAGAUUUCUUGGGUUGGUUCUAAAAUAUGUAUAAUUCUGGUUUUUGGUACUGUGU